AUGGCCGGGUUUGCAGACCCACGUACGCUACCACCAGCACCCUCGAGACGACCGCUCCCCAACGGACCAUGCAAUUAUCGCGACGCCAGUCUAGGACCAUGCGGAUGUGACCAGUUCUGGGACAAGCUCAGCGCCGACUUGCACGAUGAGAGCACUGAGCAUCGUCCGGGGAGUGAGCGCUCGACCUGGUGUGUCUGCGGCCACCAUGCCUGCUUCCAUCUGAAGGCGUCGCGUGCGUCUGAACGGCGUGCGCCUUCAAUCUCUGCCCCGCUGCCGUCGCCUCACGUGCUGUACGAAGGUCAAUGCCAGACUCUGCCUAGGGCGCGAUGCGAUGCGCACGCUGCUGGAUUGCGCCAGGCUGUCUCCGACGGGCCCCAAACCAUGCGCCUUGAGCGCUUCAAUUCGCAGUCCACUCACAGUCAGCGACAUCUCCUGCACAUUUCACGGAUCCACGAAUCGGGUCGCAUAGCACAAAGUCAAGACACCCCAUCGCAAGCUAGCACGAGCGGUCUCCCCGGAAUCCCUUCCGUGUGCUUGCUAUCUCAUGAACAGCGUCCAGUCGCUAACAACGAAACUAGGCAUGGGGUGAGUCAGUCGCAUCACUCAGUGACAGGCCUGGGUCUCUCUACAAUGCGCUUGGAGAGUAUGUGUCAGGUUAACCGUCAGCAGUCGCCAACACCGACUAUACCAGAUGACAUCAACAUCGCUGGGACCCCACAAACAAAUCGCAACGAGCGUGACCAUUCUCUGACCAGAGCGAACACGAACAGCCCAUCGCGUGCUAUCCUAGAACAUGUCCUUCCCUUCAACCGCAAUAUACAGCUUGAUAUACCUGGCGAUACCAUCCCAAACACAUACAACCCUGAAGAAUACGUGCAAAGCACUACAGAAGUCGCAACUCCAAGUGCAGGAGCUACCCCAGACCUGAGUGCCGCUGAUCGGGCGGUACAAGAAGGAAAGAAUCUGAUUGACACUUUGGCAAGAAUGACUUCAGACAUGCAACCGCAGGCGGCCAGUUCACCAGACCGACCAGCCAAUGCCACAGUGCCCACACAGCUUUUGCUGGAAAACUCUCCUUCAGUGCCCCAGGAACAGCUACAAAAUCUCUUACAAGCAGCUUCUCCACAAGGGCUCCAAAAGCUCGUGUCCUAUCUCGCUCCGUUGCAUAACUUGCUAAACUCGAUACCCAACGUGGCUAACACUAUGCGAGACCUGGGCAGCCGUCUCGAUAUGCUAGAGAAUGGCUCCUUCAAUUAUGUGCAACCAGAAGACCUCAACCAAACCCUGGAAAUGUACGAAGGCAGGCUUAUUGAGGUAGAGCACCGCGUGGACGAGCAUGAAAAAUUGCACCAAGCCUUAGAUGAUCAGGGUAGUAUCAGUUCUUUCAGUCGAAGACACAUCAAGGACGCCAAUACGUCUUUUGGAUCAAAUCACUCUGCCGACUCGACAACUUCAUCGGCUCUAAUACUCACAGCCAUGGAUCGUAAAGACACUGAGAUGGAACUCGAUUGCAUCAAGCAAAGACUUGAUGUGCUAGAAGCUGCGGCACCUCCCACCUCUCUGGCUCCUUGGGAGAUUGAAGUAGUACUGCUGCCAUGGGGGCCUGAUUUGCGAGGCAUCUGGUUCUCACAGGACGACCCAAUGCACGACGUUGACAGGACCACAACUCAGAGCUCUGAAGAAUGGACUCAAGCCCGGUCAUCCAGAACCGGCACGGGCACGCCGAUGCUAGAAAUGCGUAGGCCAGACACAGACUCAAGCCCUUAUCCGGGUGCUCCGAUGAUGGGCAGUAACCCUGUGCUCAACCAACACGAAAGUGGAUGGAGCAGUCAAGACAUUACUAACUGGGCCUCGGGAUCCACCGGCGAGUGGCUGUUCCCCAAAGCCUGUGGAAGCAACAACCUAGUCUACAAGCGACUCCAGAGCCGUGGUUUCGUGCGAGACAUUACACUGAGGGGUGCCAGUGCAAAAGACGUCCAGGAAACGCUGUCGAAUGCUUUCAGUGACGUGUUUGAUCAUUUACAGUAUGAUGACAGCGAUGAGAAUCCCAUGAUUACUGCUUAUCCGGGUCUUCGAGCGUCGUACAUACCACUACGAAAGGUGCUUAGGGAAUCGCGACUUCGCUUCCUCACACCCGCCGAAAUGUCAAGCUCGGCGUUUUGGACAGCUCAGUUCCUCGCAUCUGGUGUCAUGAUGCGAGUAUCUGGAGGAAAGAAGAGGUUGUAUGUUACUCAUCGCGAAGCCUAUACCCAGCAGGUUGAUCGAAACGAGUUUGUAGUCAUGGAACAGUCAUGGCCAGAACUCCGAACAUUGCCUCGCUAUCAGCCCGAAAAGAAUUCGCAAACGGACGGCAAUGAUGGAGAUUGCCAACCACAUGUCCCUGAAGCAGAUGCCAAGGAAGCAUGCUGGCAAUUUGUCGAAGCGUACGAUGCUCCGCCUGCUAGUAUGCAUUCUUCAUUCGGUAGCAACCAAUCUGUACAACUGUCCAUGCGACCUGCAGGCCGACAAUGGCGACGAUCAAUCACACCAAGCUCCAUCUUGAAAAAGCAGACGCACCCAAUCUCUCCAUUGAGCGAGAAUCAUCCGCGACGCCCAUCAUCCCAUCGCAAUCGCACGGUAUCAGCCUCGGCCAUGGAUACAUUUCCCCCCAGCUCGGCCAAGCGUCGCUACAAUGGGUCUCCAAUAAAGCAGUCGUCUGCUCCACAAACAAUAUCACGCACACCCAGUCUGAUGUCGAGGCUCAAGAGACGUCGCGUAACAGAGUCCGCAUCACCAAGACCACAAGAGGAUGCUCGGGAAGAGCCCCAAGUUCCAAUAUGGACUGCAACCCCUCGGCGUUCGCGUGAACCGCCUUCACCGUUUUACUCUUCCCAACCUCCAUUGCCGCGAUCCUACUCCGACAUCGCAAGUAGGCCAAGUCAACGCUCUGUUGCUAUGACUGGUAAAUCAACUCCAUUUGCGUAUGCGACUCCUCACUCGGGGCCUUUUAUGGGCGAUCCGGGCUACAGUGCCUACAACAACGGUGGUGACACUGAGCCAGAUGAUGACGACAACGCAUACAAUGACGAUGACGGCGAGCAGAGCUGGCACGGCGUCACUGAUGGCGAGAGUGUUACAAGCUCCGUUGCCGGUGCCGCCAUUAGUGCUCAGGAGGGCGCAAGUUUCUCAGGGGACGACAGUGGCUUUGGCAGCGAAAAUGACGACGACAGCGAUGCACAGUCGGAAGAAGAUGCCGAGGAUCAUGCACAUCGGCAGCAAGAUGAUGGAGACGAGGACGAAGACGAUGUAUUCGACUCUUUGCUCAGUAUCAUUGAAGAUUAA